CCUUCUUCUUCUCCUCUCACGAACAAGAGAAAGAGAAAGAAGAAAAACGAGACUUUUCUUUCUUUGAUUUUGUUUUGUUAUAAACAUUCUUUACAUCAAACAAAAAUCAGAACCCCAGAUAAAAAUAAAGGGGAAGAUGGGAGAUAAAAAUAAUGGAGCUUGUGUGGUCCUCGCUCAUUUUCAACUUUUCCUUCCCUACUAUAAUUCCCAACUUCAUUAUUGCUCCUCUUAUUUUUCAUGUUUUUUCACUCCUUAGAAUCUCACUUUUUUUUUUUUUUUUGAGAAUUUUGUACCCAAAGUUUUCGUUUUUAUUGUUUCACCUUGUAAUUUUUGCUAAUGGAUGGAAAAGGGAAGCAGAGGAUGAUGGGAAAGGUGGUGAAGAAGGAAGCAGCUGAGCUUGUUUGGGAGUCAUCAGAUGAUGAUGGGUAUGUGAAGAUGGGGUGUGUGGAAAAUGAUGUUGAGAGUAACAAGAAAAAGAAAGUGGUGGCUGGUGGCUGUGGUGGUGGUGGUGGUGGUGGUGUUGGAGGAGGAGGAGGAAAGAAAGGGUCAGGUGGUGGUGGUUGUGGUGGAAGUGGAGGGAUGAGGUGUUGUCAAGCUGACAUGUGUAUGGCUGAUCUGAGUGAUGCAAAGCCGUAUCAUAGAAGGCAUAAGGUUUGUGAGAACCAUGCAAAGGCUCAGAUUGUGCUUGUGGCUGGGAUUAGGCAACGGUUUUGUCAACAAUGUAGCAGGUUCCCAAGAAACAAGUUCGCAAAUUUGAGUCCUUGUAUCAUAAUUAUGGUCCAUAUUAUUCGAGAACUUUAGCUUAUAUAAUAGUACUAUUAGAUUACCAACAAUUUGAUGUUGCUCGCUUGCUUGCCAAUAGGAUUUGAAUUAGACUCAAUCAAGCUGGACUUUAGCUUAAAAGUUAGAAAUAGAAAGAUCCAUAAGGUUUUAGUUCAAGCUGGUUCCCAAAUAGUUGGGAAUUUCCUGUUGGUUGUCUUGUCUGUCUCAUGUCUGAAUUUAUGGAUUUAGUCUUUAGCUAAUCUCCUUUUAUUUCUUUACCAUUGAAUUUUUCUUUUCUGGGUAAACUUGGAUAAUUCACUAUUCUCAAUGUUUGUCACUUUUAA